CCUUAAAUAUUUAAGUGUUAAAAACCUCAUGGUUUUCCAAUACUCUUCACAGGAUGCUCAUGAAGAAUCAAAGGCUGUCACGAAAGCUACUGCUAUGAAAGCAAUUAAGCAGCGAAUGGAAAAAGAUGUUGACGAAGUUAGCAAAGUAGCUCGAUUCAUCAAAUUAAAGAUCGAGGAACUUGACAAAGAAAAUCUGUCCAAUAGAAGCAAACCAGGGUGUGGUAAAGGAUCAGCUGUUGACAGAUCAAGAACCGCAACAACAGUUUCCUUGAAAAAGAAAUUCAAAGAUAAAAUGUCCGAGUUUCAGACACUACGAGAAAACAUCCACAAAGAAUAUCGUGAGGUUGUUGAAAGGCGUGUAUAUACGGUGACGGGCAAUCGAGCUGAUGAAGAGACAAUUGAUCGGUUGAUAGAAACUGGGGACAGUGAGCAGAUAUUCCAGAAAGCUAUCCGGGAACAAGGGCGAGGACAGAUAAUGGAUACGCUAGCGGAAAUUCAAGAGCGCCAUGAUGCAGUCAGAGAGCUAGAGAGGAAACUUCUUGAGUUGCAACAGAUAUUCUUGGACAUGGCAGUGUUAGUUGAUGCUCAAGGGGACAUGCUUGAUAAUAUAGAAUCACAGGUUUCAGCUGCAGUUGACCAUGUGCAAUCACUGAGAUUUGCAUGUUGGUUGUACUGUUCUACCAGUGGCAUGGCAAGUGAUUGUGUUUUCUUUGGUGGUGAUGAUCACAGUGCAAACUCCAACAAGAUUACGUUAUUCAUGGUAGUCAAUGUGUCUAAUUCUUGGCUUCUAUUUCGCAGCGGUCUUUAA